AGGCCCUCCCGUGGGUCCCAUCCACCAAUUUGCUCCUCUGUGCAGUGGGGUGAAAGGUUGGCUUGCUUCCAGAGCCCUCCCUGGCAAAGUGCCGGACCUAGACGAAGGGACCAGGGGGUAAGAAGGGAUGCCCAGGGUGCUUGUCUCCCUCCCUCCAUCUCUUCACCCUCCCCCACAAACACAGGUGUCCCCUUCCUCUUCCUGGAGGUUUCCGACGGGGACGAGCCAGGCACAGCCAACUCGGAUCUCCGAUUCCACAUCCUGAGCCAGGCCCCGGCCCAGCCUGCCCCAAACUUGUUCCAGCUGGAGCCCCAGCUGGGGGCUCUGGCCCUCAGCCCCGAGGGGAGCACCAGUCUAGACCAGGCCCUGGAGGGGCCCUACCAGCUGUUGGUACAGGUCAAGGACAUGGGCGACCAGGCCUCAGGUCACCAGACCACAGCCAACAUAGUUGUUUCCAUAGUGGAGAACACCUGGGCACCCCCAGAGCCCAUCCACCUGGCAGAGAAUCUCCAAGUCCCAUACCCGCACCUCAUUGCCCAGGUGCAUUGGAGUGGGGGGGAUGUGCACUACCAUCUGGAGAGCCAGCCUUCUGGGCCCUUUGAUGUCAACUCAGAGGGGAACCUCUAUGUGAGCAGAGAGCUGGAUCGAGAACGCCAGGCUGAGUACCUGCUCCAGGUGCGGGCUCAGAACCCCCAUGGUGAGGACUACACCGAAGCUCUGCAGCUGCAGGUGGUGGUGACAGAUGAGAAUGACAACGCCCCUAUCUGCCCCCAGCAUGACCUCCCCAUCAGCAUCCCUGAGCUCAGUCCCCCAGGGACGGAGGUGACGAGGCUGUCGGCAGAGGACGCAGAUGCCCCUGGCUCCCCUCAUGCCCAUGUGGUCUAUCAGCUGCUGAACCCUGAGCCUGAGGAGGACGCAGAAGGGGGAGCCUUUGAGGUGGACCCCACCUCGGGCAGUGUGACUCUGGGGGCUGCCCCGCUCCAAGCUGGCCAGAACAUCCUGCUUCAGGUGCUGGCCGCUGACCUGGCAGGAGCCAAAGGCGGCCUCAGCAGCACGUGUGAGGUCACUGUCAUGAUCAAGGACAUCAACGACCACGCCCCUGAGUUCACCACCUCCCAGAUCGGGCCCCUAAGCCUCCCUGAGGAUGCAGAGCCGGGGACUCUGGUGGCCACCCUCACGGCCACUGAUGCUGACAUCGAGCCCGACUUCCGACUCAUGGACUUUGCCAUUGUGGCGGGAGAUGUGGAGGGGACCUUCAGUCUAGAUUGGGAACCAGGCACCGGCCAAGCCCAAUUCCGGCUCCGCAAGAAACUCAGCUAUGAAACAGCUCCGAGCCACAAGCUGCUGGUGGUGGUGCGGAGCGUGGUGGAGCUGGUGGGGCCGGACCCAGGCCCUGGGUCCACGGCCACCGUGAUGGUGCUCGUGGAGAGGGUGUCCCCUCCCCAGCUAGACCAGGACAGCUACGAGGCUGGUGUCCGGGUCAGCACCCCAGCCGGCUCCCUCCUGCUGACCAUCCAGCCCUUGGUCCCCAUGAGCAGCCCCCUCAGGUUCUCCCUGGUCAAUGACUCAAAGGGCUGGCUCUGCAUCAAGGAGGCCUCAGGGGAGGUGUACACAGCCCGGUCCCUGCAGGGCGCCCACCCCGGGGAUAUGUACACAGUGCUCGUGGCAGUCCAGCAUGCAGAUGAGCGGGGCCCCAGCGCCUCAGUGCCACUGGUGCUCCACUUCCUGGGGACCCCACCAGCUCCGGCCCCUGUGCCCGCCCGACACCUCUGCACGCCCCGCCAGGACCAAGGCGUGAUGGUCAACGGAGCCAGCGGAGACCCUGACCCGGCCAGUGGGCAGGGUCCCUACAGCUUUGCCCUUGGUCCUGACCCAACAGUGCAGCGGGACUGGCACCUCCAGGCCCUCAACGCUUCCCAUGCCUACCUCAGCCUGGCCCUGAACUGGGUGGAACCCCAGAAGCACGUCAUCCCUGUUGUGGUCAGCCGCCUCGACCUCAAGUGGCAACUCCUGGUCCAAGUGGCCGUAUGUCGGUGCACCGUGGAGGGGCAGUGUCUGCGUAAGGUGGGCCGCAUGAAGGGCAUGCCCACAAAGCAGUCGGCGCUGGGCAUCCUCUUGGGCACCCUGGCCGCGAUCGGCUUCAUCCUCAUCCUCAUCUUCACCCACUUGGCCAUGUCGAGAAAGAAGGACCUGGAUCAGCCAGUGGACAGUGUGCCCCUGAAGGUGGUCGUCUGAUCAGUCCCAGCAGCCCUGUCUGGGAGCUUGCUCGCUGGUUCCAUCUGAAUCCACUGCAGUAGGGAGAUGGGGCAGGGGGCUGAGGGGUAGCACCCCAGACGCAGCUGGACCUGUGGGACAGGAGCGUUCCGAGGGGCGGCGAGCUUGCUGAGAAAUAAAGCCUCCGGGCCUGGGCAUGAGCCCCAGGGACUGAGCGUG